CAUUCCUAAUUGCAUGUCAACGUUCGCGCGCAUGCACCUACCGGUCAGUGGACAUGACAGAUGUUCGUCUGCUUCUGAUCGUCGAUUAUGUCUAAUCGAGGAAACAUUGCGACGACGAUUUAAACGAGAAUGAUCAGCCGGACCGCCGUUGUUUCUCCCCGCGAGAAAUAAACCUCGAGUGAUUCUUGUCUCAAACGUUCUCGCCGCGGAGAGUGGAAACUAUGAACGCCCGGGAGGCGGAGGUGGAUAAUCUUAAGCAGCAGGGCAACGCCUGCGUGAAAGAGCAGAAAUAUGAGGAGGCGAUGUUUCAUUACACGCAUGCGAUCAAGCUGGAUCCGCAGAAUUAUUCCCUCUACAGUAACAGAUCCUUCGCCUUUUUGAUGAUGCGACAAUAUCACUACGCCAUGGAAGAUGCCCUGAUGACUAUUCAAUUGAAGCCAGACUGGUCUAAGGGCUACUUUAGGAAAGGCGAGGUUGAACUGAGGACAUUCCGUUUCAGCGAUGCGCUUCAGUCUUACAACAAAGCUCUUUCCCUGCAGCCAAGUGAAUCUAGGAUCUUAGAGGCUAUGAACAAAGCGUCCAAGUCGCUCAUUAAAGACAGAAGAGCUGAUCAGCAGAUCCCAUGGCUUGGAGCUGGUGUCGGCAUUAUCUUAGGAGUUAUAGUUGUGAUUGCCGACUAUGUAUUCACAAACAAGCCCACUCUCACGCAUCCUUUGCUGAUGGCUUUGCUGACGAUGUCCAUAUCCAUGCUCGGCUUUGGCAUCGCGAAAGGGUUUCGCUACUUCGUGAAAUGCCAAAGAAAGUCCCUGUUGGAGCCGCCCGUCGACCUCUUCCCCGAGGAGAAGGAAGACUUCGAGAACAUCGACACGGAGAGAAACAGUGAGAAGGAGAAGCAUCCUAAGGGCACAGGGCUGAGGGCUGAGGGCUCGACGGGGCCUCGAUUAGCGUUCACGGGCCGGCUGCGACGCAGCCAGCGAGCGAUGGAGCAGCCGAAGACUCCCGCGUCACGGCUACUCAACACGACCUGCAUCGAGAACAAGGACGAGCUGGAAGAGAAAUUUGAGAGAUGCUACACCGUACUGCAAAAUUUAACCACGGGACUUUCGGAGAAGGAGGCCCACGACACGCUGAACAAUGCAGUGUGCAAGGACAAGACACACGAAGAGGUCUCCUUAGGCUUACUGGUGGUGAUCUUGACCGAUCCGCAGAAUGCUGCGAAAAGUUACAGAGACUUGACACUAAUCACGCGAGACGGCCUCAGCAUCGUGCUGAUCCAUCUCAGUCAAUUAGUAUUGGAGAGGUACUUGAGGUUGAACGACGUCACCAGGAGUCAGCUGUUGUGGUUGCUGCGGGAAAUGAUAAGGACUAGUGUAACCAAUGUGGAUAAUCUUAGUUUAACAUUAUUAAGGCACGCAGCGGGCGGGGAUAUAUCACCUAGGAACUUGUUCCUAGUUGACGCCCUCUUAGAUAUUUUCCAAGAGAAUCGAUCGUGGCUGGACAAAUUCCCGUUUUUGGUCGCGUCGGUUGUGUACACGUAUUUGCGGUUAAUCGAAGACCACAACGCGCCCCAUCUGGCCGGUUUGCGGCAGAAGGAAGUGACCUUCACGGCGACUCUGAUAAGGGAGCGGAUGGUGGACUGCUUAGCUAUCGGAAGAGACUUCGUGCGUCUGCUGCAGAAUGUCGCCAGAAUACCCGAGUUCGAGGCGUUGUGGAAGGACAUUCUACAGAAUUCCAAGUGUCUCUGUUCGAAUUUCAACGGUGUGCUCCAGCUCCUGCAGACCAGGACCUCCCGGAGGUUUCUUCAGUCGCGUUUGACGCCGGAGAUGGAGAGGAAAUUGGUGUUCCUGACGAGUCAGGUCCGUUUCGGGAAUCACAAGCGCUAUCAGGACUGGUUUCAACGGCAGUACCUAGCCACACCCGAAUCUCAAUCGUUAAGAUGUGAUCUCAUUCGCUUCAUCGUCGGGGUUAUACAUCCGACGAACGAGCUGCUGUGCUCCGACAUCAUACCACGAUGGGCGGUGAUAGGUUGGCUCUUCACCACGUGCACCUCCACCGUGGCGGCCAGCAAUGCGAAGCUGGCCCUCUUUUACGACUGGCUCUUCUUCGAUCCCGACAAAGACAACAUCAUGAACAUCGAGCCGGCGAUCCUCGUCAUGCACAACUCCAUGAGGUCUCAUCCACCUGUCACUGCCACACUUCUAGAUUUUUUAUGCAGGAUAAUACCGAACUUUUAUCCUCCUCUAACGGACAAAGUGAGAAACGGGAUAUUUUCAUCGCUGCGGCAAAUUUUGGAGAAACGCGUCUUACCUAGCCUAUAUCCGUUAUUCGACAGCCCGAAACUCGAUCGAGAACUGAGAAGCAAAAUACGGGAGACGUUCAAAGAGUUUUGCCUGCCGCCGAACGCGGAUCCUGGUAAAAUGGAAGAGCUUAACAAGGAGCACAAUCCAGGGACCGUGAUAGAGAACACCGCGAACUCUACCGUGGAGAACAAUCACGUGGCGCAAGACCCGGAGCCAGCGUUCAGUGAUGAAGAAGAGGAGUCCCCUCUAAGAAUAGUGACGAAGGUGGAGGACGAGGAAGAUGAAGAGGAUGUGCCGUUGUCAGCGGUAAAAUUGAAGAACGAGCAGAGAAACGCGAACUGCGUCGUGAAAAAGGAGGAUAUCGCGCCGCAAUUGAAUUUCAUGCUAGAGCCGGAAGAAUUGAGAACCAGCGUCGAGACCUUGCACACGGAGACCGACAACGAGGCGAAGUGCCAAGCGAUGGAGAGCAUAGUACAAAUGGUCGUAGAGGACGAGAUAGACGCCGGCAUGAUACCCACGCUGGCGUCUUACCUAUCGAGCAUCCUCUCGCCGCUGAUCACGGCGAAUAUCUUUCCGCCGGAGAAUCUGAACGAGGAAACGCUCACCGACAGCAUAAGCACGCCGCUGUUCGUCAUGUUCCGAAAUCAAUUUCAAUUGUGCAAGGAAGAGGACAAUCGGCGAAAGCUCUUGGCCAGAGUGCUGGCGGAGAUGCAGUCGCUUCAACCGAAAAUAGGCUACCUUCUCCUCUAUUUCCUCAAGGUCUGGGGCAGGGAGGAAGAGAAGCGGGAAGGCGAGCCGAGCAACGUGUUGAACGACGUCAAGGCGUCGGUGUACAAGGACUUUUGCGCGCAGAGAGAAAAAAAGCUGGACGUCUGUCUGGUGUCGGAUCUAAAGCUCUGUCACGAGGAUAACAUAUUCAUGUUGUGCUACCUCGUGCCGGACGUGUACACGGGAUUUCAAAACGUUGCCCUGGGGAACGCGCAGCUGCUGCAUCUGGUCGUGUCUACGGUGGACUCGUGCCAGUUGCAGGACCUGAUCUGCCAGAUAAUGCAGGGCCACCUGAAGAUGCUGAAGAAGGAGUCGUUCACGUCGCUGUUGACGGCCAGCCUGAACUGGGACACCUUCGAGCAGUACUGCUUGUGGCAGCUCAUAUUCGCGCACGACUUCCCCAUUGAUUACGUACUGCCGGUACUGCCGAAGCUGCAGUUUCGCAAUCACGCGGAGGCGCUCACGUCGAUCCUGUUCAUGCUGAAGCAAGAGAAACCGACAUUGGAUCUCUUACGGCAGUUGCUCGCUCGACAAAGCGUGGACGGCGACAUGUUCGUCGUGGCCGCAUUGCGCUAUUGGUGUCGAGAUUACGAGGAGAAGCUCGGCGAGCUGCUGGCGAACCUUCUCAGCGCCCGUUAUCCCGCCACCAGCCCCAACAAGCGAAAACGUUCCGGAGGCAAGCAGAACCAACAGUCGGGCCCUCCCACCGGCGAGCAGGUGCUCGGCCAUCUGGACCAAUUGCGUCAGCACUGCUCCUCUUCCGCGGAGUUACAGCUCUAUCACUCGGAGGGCAUGCAGCGUGCGCUGCAGCAGGCGCAGGCCGCGAGCAGCGACUCGCUCAGGAAGAGCUAUGGUGAUCUGUUCGCGCUCGCCGAGGUGAACGAGGAGAACGAACCGCCGCCACCACCGGCGAGCAGCUCCGCGAGGAAGCACACCACUGCUUCCUCUGGAGGAGGCGGCGGGGGCGGCGGUAAGGGCGGCCACAGGAAGACCGGCGCUAACACGAGGGAGAGGUCCAACGCGAAGAGACCGCUUCCGCGGUAUCAUGUGGACACCACCUCUAGUAGCGAGGAGGAGGAGAUCGUGAAUCCAAAGCAAGCGAAAAAAAGAAAAAAGAUUAAUCCAGUGGGCUCGGACAGCGACUGACCACCCAGUGUCUUCACAUGUCACAUGGACCACGUCUCGUGUGUGCAGCAGAUAAAACUAGCCUUAAGGAUAGUAAGAUAAUAUAAUACACACGAUAGUUCUAUCUAGCGCGACUUGUAAAUAUUAAUGUGCGUGUCAAGGACGCGACAGCGUCAUGUUGAUGGUGGAUCUUCAAUGUGUGUUUCGUAAAGUCGCAAGCGACAGCAAAAUUGCCAGGCUCUGAUUGUUAUCGUUUUGUGUUGGAUUAGGUUAGGUGAAGAAACAAAAGAGAGAGAUAGAACUGUUGGGUAAAAAGACACCAUGUGUGCAUGAUGAUGAUGAUGAUAAAAAUCGUCCUCGGACGCGUUUCUGGACGUUUCUGAAUAUGAAUUUGCGAAGCUGUUAAACGUCGCUGUCCCGGUGUAUUCUCUCAUUACGCAUACGACGGUCGAGCGGCCUUUCAUCCCUUGCGUUUCUUCUGGAAAUCCUCGUGAUCGUCAGGCUGCCGCGGCGUCUGUUGAACGGAGAUAACUACCAAAUAAAGCGGCAGCUCUCAUCGUCCCCCCGUCAUACUGCAGCCGCUUUUCUCGUAAAUGCGAAAGCGACGGACAGAAUCUGGCAACAUUGCAAAUAAACCAAUACAUCUUUUUGCACUUUACCACGUGUUAUUGUUUUUUUUUUUCUUCUUGACGGAUCUUCUCGUUCGUUCCGUUCUUCGUAACACUUUUUUCCCCCCUCGGAGUAAUCGCGCGCGAGUGGACAUAUAUCGUUGCCAUAUAUCUCCCAAACGGAAAUUCGCAUUCGAAUUGUUGGCUCCUCUUCCCCAGGAUUGGAGAACCUUUUCGCCGGGACGACGAAGCACGAUCCGAACUCUGGCGAGAAGCGUGAAGUUUUACGACCAAACAUUUAUUCAGUUCUCGAAUACGCGCUUAAAGGGAUGUUCUCACUUGGGACGUUUCGUUUGAUAGGCGAUUGUUAGGAAUUUCUUUGGAAAAAAACUAAGACAUACAAUUCUGAAGUUUUGCAUAAAUAUGUAUCUAUGCUUUAACUAUAUACAGUAAUUUCUACUAUAUUUAUAGUAUUAAAUAAAGUCAUACAUAAUUUUGUUGACGCCAAACACGAAAUGUCGGUUGACACAAUUCAAAGUGGGUCUUUGAAACAACAAAACGAUAACAGAUUAUUGAACUAUAAAUUUGUGACUAUCGUCGUAAACUACGAUGAAGUCGACUUUUCUCGAUGAAUCAUGCCAUUUUGUCAAAAUCGUUUUUUAAUUCCCAUUGGGUAGCCACAAAUUUAGUUUUAUAAUUUUUUCGUCGUUUUUUUUUUAAUCUACGAUGUUUGGAAUCAUGUCAACCAUGCAAGCAAAACUUUCAUUCAGCGCUGCACAAAAUAAUUUGCAUCUUUAUUAAUAUCGAAGAUAACGAAUACUCUGUACUGUGUAUUUAUACGUUUUGUUAAAACAUAGAUAAAUAUUCAUACAAAACUUCCGAAUUGUAUGACUUAGUAUUUUCCAAAAAGAAUAAUUUCGAAAGGUCACCUGCAAAUCGACGUUUUAUGAAUAUAUUUCCUUAAGUGAGAAAAGGAUAAUCAUCCUCGAGGACGCAGGGAUAUCUUUUUCCUAUAAAUAUUUUGCAUGACGGAGGAUUGUCAGCUUUCAAAUAACUGGAGCAAUUCAGAUCGGAGGGUCCUCAUCGAAUAAAUUAACUUUUUCUUUUGUUAAAUUUUAGAGCGAUUUAAUGAUUCGUUGUGAUUGUGAAACGCGACGUGAUACGAUUUGUAUUGUAUUUUUCUAUGUGAGCUUUUUACAUCCCUUAUAUUUGUAGAUAAAUGAAUAUAUAUAUGUGUAUAUAUAUAUAUAUAUAUAUAUAUAUAUAUAUAUAUGUAUAUGUAUAUACACACACACACACACGAUGAAAUUAAUUCGUAGAGAUCACAAUAUACCGACCAGCGCGUUACAUCGGUAUUUCAUCCUUAUAUAAGUACGCGAUCUUCUCGAUGAUAUUCAAUUGAUUUCCCCACGCGUCAUGCCGCAUGUGAGACACGUGUUUUCCCCGAGAGAUCCCGGAGGACAACCGGACGUACCAUCCGCGAGAGAAAGAGAAAGAGUGGAAAUAGAAAACGAGUGGAAAUAGAAAGGAAGGCAGUCCUGUCGAACGUCUUAGCAAAACCCACGUUCCGAAGGCAAGACGUAAAGAACCAUCGCAUUCACUUAUAAUGUACAUUUCCUGUAAAAUUGGUUAUUCUAAAAGUGAGUUGCAUUAUGUAUUUUCUAGAUUGUAUAUAUAUAAAUAUAUAUAUAUAUAUACACACAUACACACGCGUGAUUUGAAAGAGAUGUGAGAGAGUAUGUGUAAUGUGCAUGUGUGUGUGCGCGCGCGCGUGAGUGUGUGUAUGCGUACGUGUGAGAAAGAAACAUAUUUACGUUGUGUAUACAUGGUGCGCGCGCGGUGCCGGGUUUGAAAAUUCCGAACACUUUCCGUUUUCACCAACUUUAUAUCAUACCCACUCAGCACCCUCCAAACCUCGCGCCUUCCUUCUCCUCCUCACCUACUUUCCUUGGUCUUAUCUUGCAACUACGGGAGUGCGAAAUCGUGUCGAUGAUCGAAUAAAAAUACGCGAGCGAAAUGCACCAGAGAGAGAACAUGCGGAACGUUCGUGUGUGCGGAUCGUUUGUAUGAAGGACGGAUGCAUGUAAUAUCCAUUUGUAAUGCCGCGUGAUAACGGCAUUACUCGAGUUUUCUACUUGUAUAUAAGUACGGCGAUAUACGUCGGGAGAGAGGGAGAAAGAGGGGGAGAGAGAAGGAUAGAAAGAGAGAAAAAUUUAAGAACGACGUAUCGACAAGAAGAGUUCGUUUCAGCCAUCUUCCUCGAUUUCUUUGCUUUUUCUCCCUCCAAUGUCCGAAUAUAUAUGUAUAUCUAUCUAAUUUGAAACGCAGAAAGUGCUGGCAGGCGCAGUUAAACAGACCUAGAGAGAGAAAGAGAUAGAAAGAGAGAGAGAGAGAGAGAUUCUCUCGAAGCGUGCCGCGAGCGAACACGGGAAAGCGAAAAGGGUAAAUCGAAAGAGGCGAGGAGGACAAGAAAAAUAUGUAAACAUUUAAUGUUUUUAACGACCUUGUACACAGUGUGGAGGAACGUGUAAAUAUAUAUAUGGAUAGAUUAUAUCAUAAACGCGGGCAUAAACAUUUAAUGUUUUUAACGAUCUUGUACACAUGGAUUACACAUAAAAUGUAAAUAUAUCAGAAAAUAUUGAAGAGGCAAAAACAUGAGAUUGA